ACAGGAUGAAGAAUUCAGUUUACAAUUGCAAGAAACACUACAAUUGCAAGAGACACUACAAUCGCUACAAUUGCAAGAGACACUACAAUUGCAAGAGACAGAUGUAAAAAAAGAAUGCAUAAUAUGCACCGAGAAUGUUGAUAUCAAAUCCUUUUUGAAUAUUACUGACCAAUGUAGCCAUGAUUAUAAUAUAUGUCGUGAAUGUAUAGGGGAAUAUAUCAAACAUGAACUUGAAGAUAAUGGAAAUGUUAAAAUCACAUGCCCAGAAGAUGGAUGUAACGAAAUAUUAAAUCAGAAAGAUAUAAAAGAAUUCGCAAGUGAGGAGACAUUUAGACGGUAUGCUUAUAGUAUAUGA